AUGGAUGCAUUCAGAGCACCUGAAAAUGAGUCGCUGUUGUCCAGUUCCUCUGGUCCUGCCAAAUGGGAUCCCUUUCAUCGUCCCUUGGACUCCAUCCAGCCCUGGCACUUCAGGCUUCUGGCAGCAGUCAUGUUGGUGGUGACCUCCCUGUCGCUUGCUGAGAACCUGGCUGUAAUCCUGGUAACUUUUAAGUUCAAGCAAUUGAGACAACCUGUCAAUUACGUUAUAGUCAAUCUGUCUGUGGCUGAUUUCCUAGUCUCACUGACUGGUGGCACCAUCAGCUUCUUAACAAAUCUGAAAGGUUAUUUUUAUAUGGGAUACUGGGCUUGUGUACUGGAAGGAUUUGCUGUCACAUUUUUUGGCAUCGUUGCUCUCUGGUCUCUUGCUCUCCUGGCGUUCGAGCGGUACGUUGUGAUCUGCCGCCCGCUAGGACAUCUGCGCCUGAGAGGGAAGCAUGCAGCCCUGGGCAUCGCCUUCGUGUGGGCCUUCUCCUUCAUUUGGACCAUCCCACCAACAAUGGGUUGGAGCAGUUACACCACCAGUAAGAUUGGAACUACUUGUGAGCCUAACUGGUACUCGGGGACUUAUGCUGACCAUACAUACAUUAUUGCAUUCUUCACCACCUGUUUUAUGGUGCCUUUAUCAGUGAUUUUGGUAUCCUAUGGAAAACUGAUACGGAAGCUAAGAAAGGUGUCAGAUAUGCAGGGCAGGCUGGGAGCUGCCAGGAAACCUGAAAGACAAGUGACUCGGAUGGUUGUGGUGAUGAUCGUUGCCUUUCUCAUCUGCUGGGCGCCCUACGCCGCCUUUUCUAUCCUGGUCACUGCAAACCCCUCCAUCGAGCUGGACCCUCGACUGGCAGCAGUUCCAGCUUUCUUUUCCAAAACAGCUACAGUUUAUAAUCCAAUUAUUUAUGUCUUCAUGAACAAACAGUUCAGGAAGUGUCUGAUUCAGAUGUUCAGCUGCAGUGCCAGAGAAGCUGCAGAGUCCAACAUGAACCCAGCUUCAGAGAAAGCAGUGCUAACCCAGGACAAAAGAGGCAGUGAGAUGUCCACCAUGGCAGUACAUAGCACUGUUUCCAAGAGGAAGAUGGGAGAAGAACACAGGAACUGCUGGACCUUUGCUCAGUUGAAAGCUUCAGAAAACAAAAUCUGUCCCAUGUAG